AUGCAAAUCGGCGAGAAAACAUGUUGCAUCGUCACGGGUGGUGCCUCGGGCCUUGGCGAGACUACUGCCCGCGUUCUGGCUGGGAAGGGUGCCAAGGUUGCGGUCCUGGACAUGAACACCGAGAAGGGAGAGGCUGUUGCGAAGUCUAUCGGUGGUUACUUCGUACAUGUUGAUCUGUUGAAUGAGUCCUCGAUCGAGGGCGCA